AUGCCUGUCUUCACUGAAAAUGCAUCUUCCUCACGAGAUCUCCGGGUUUUACCAUCUUUUGCACCUCCAUUACCUCGUCUCGCUCCAGCAUUUGAGCCAGAGAAUAAUCCAGAAGAGAAAUAUGAAGUGCUAGUUGUGGGCGCAGGCCCAUCCGGCCUGAUGCUCACCCUCCUCCUCGCCCGCUAUGGUCUAACCGACAAAUCCCUCCUAUGUAUCGACGCAAAGCCCAGCACCCUAAAAUCUGGCCAAGCAGACGGCAUCCAACCCCGCACCCUAGAAGUUCUCAAAACACUCGGCAUAUCCGACGAAAUCGAAAACGAAGCAUGCCAAAUGUGGCAAUUUGCAUUCUGGAACCCAUCUUCCCACCAAGACAAGAUCAUCGAGCGCACGGCCGUCGUCCCGGACGUUAUCCCAGCUGCUCGCUUCAAGUACGAAGCGACGAUCCAUCAGGGUCGGGUUGAACGGAUCAUGGAAACCGAUUUACUUCGGUACUCUGCUCGAGGUGUGCUGAGGAAUACCAAGUUGAUUGACGUGUGCAUUGAUGAUAGUGACAUGGAGUUUCCCGUCCUGGCACGGAUCUCGGUAAGUGGUGUUGAGAGGUCUGUACGAACCAAACACCUUGUUGGUGCUGAUGGUGCGCAUUCGGUGGUGCGGAGAUCAAUGGGGUUGAACUUGGAGGGCGAGUCGCUGGACCAUAUCUGGGGUGUUGUGGAUUUGGUUGCUGAGACUGAUUUUCCUGAUAUUCGGCGCCGGUGUGCAAUUCAUUCGCCUGCCGGGUCAGUCAUGAUUAUUCCGCGAGAGAGGAUUAUUACUGGAGAGUAUUUGACUAGGCUUUAUGUGCAUGUCCCUGAGACGGUGGUGCCGGAUACGGAUCAGAUGGUGGAUGGUGAGUGUAAAGGUGGCAGAUGCGAAGAUGCGAGGUCGAGAAGGAGUAAGAUUACCUUGGAAAGCAUCCUGAAACAGGCUGCGGAUGCAAUGAAGCCAUAUUCUAUUCGGCCUAAAGAGGGUGCUGUGGAUUGGUGGGCGGCUUAUCAGAUUGGGCAGCGGGUUUCGCCCGAGUUCAUUGUGAAGGAUGCGAGGGGGGUUGCCAGAGUAUUUAUCAGCGGUGAUGCCUGCCAUACACACAGCCCUAAGGCCGGUCAAGGCAUGAAUGUCUCCAUGAUGGACUCAUACAAUCUAGCCUGGAAACUGAUUUACCAUAUCAAUGGACUCACCCCAUCAUCGACGACCGAAUCCCCAACCCCAAUCCUCGAUACAUACCAAACAGAGCGCCACGAAAACGCCCAACAACUCAUUGACUUCGACCGCAAGUUCUCAACAAUGUUCUCAGGCAAAAUGGGUGCCACGGAGGGCCUCACUCAAGAAGAAUUCCAGCAAGCUUUCAAGCUUGGAAAUGGGUUUACUAGCGGAUGUGGUGUCGAGUAUCCCGAGCACCAGAAUCCGCUCGUUGUGCGCGAUGAUUUGGGUUGUAACCCCGAUAGCAGCCCUAUCCGAGGAACGGAUUACCUAUCUGGAAUUCUUCGGCCUGGACGACGGUUGCUGAAUGUGAAGUUGCUGAGACAUGCGGAUGGGUGGCAGCGAGAUAUACAUGAUGAUAUCCCAUCCACGGCUCGUUUCCGGCUCCUCGUUUUGACAUCAACAGACCUACUUGAUCGGAAGAGUAUAUCGGCAGAGACACUCACCAGAGUCAGUAAGCUGGUGUCUCAAUUCCCAGCUUCUGUCAUCGAGCAGAUUGUGCUCCACCCCGCACUUCACCGGUCAUUCGAGUGGGACGAUAUCCCCGCGUGCGUGAAGCAGGAUGCGGAAAUGCGCUUCUAUGAUGGAUCAGCGUUGGAGGAUGCGUACAGUAUCUACGGUGUUGAUCCUGCCAAGGGUGCGCUGGCUGUUAUCCGGCCGGAUGGGUAUGUGGGAAUUGUGGUGAGACUUGAUGAGACUGUGAGAGUGGAGGAUUAUUUGAAAGGGUGUAUUCGGCCUGUUCUCACGAUGUAA